GUGUCAGAACCACGUGCGCCUUGUCACAGCCCUCUGGGCCCACCAUCACGGUACGGUACGGACGACCUCGCAAGUUACACCGGAUCCGAUCCAACCAACGCAAGGACGCAGCCCGAAAUGGACGGCCGGUAGAUCCGAGUUCGUGCAAACGGACGGUCUGAUGUGAAGAGUGCUUCUACAAUAUCUUUUACAAUGUAGCUUUGAUCAAAUCUAUGGCUGGUCCGCUAGCCAUCUCAUCACGCAGCCCGCACGUAAGUCGCCUUCCUUCUUCCCGGUCGCCAUUUCUCGCGCUCUGCGCCGCUUACCACGUUCGCGAUCACGUCGCUAUGAUUCCGUCGCAAGAGCACCACCGUCCUAUCUCGUUGUUCAUCCACUUCAAAACUUCACAGUUUCUGCAGUUGCGUUGAGUUCCUACUCCUUUUGCUUUGCUGUUGGGAAGUGGAUGAGGUGGGAGACAGGGAUGGGCUCGCGCUGCUCCGUAGAGGACCGUGCGGAGGCGGCAGCAGUCCUAGGCAGCCGAGCUCUUGACUUCCUUCUGGCCGGAAGCCACGUGUCCUCCUCUGAUCAUCCCGAUGCCGUCGUCGAAGGCGUGCCCGACCUCCAGACCAAGCUCCAGAGCCUCGUCGAGGGCCACGGCUCGGUGUGGGCCUGCGCAGUCUUCUGGCAGAUCUCCCGGUCCCGGUCCGGCGAGUUGGUCCUCAGAUGGGGUGACGGCCACUGCCGCGAGCUUGUCUCCGGCGUUGACGACGAUGGCACCAACGGUCGGUACCCCCAGGGCGCCGGUCCCCUUCAUCGGAUGCGGAAGCGGGUGCUCGAGCGGCUCCACGUGCUCUCCGGCGGUUCCCACGAGGAAAACUACGCGCUCUGCCGCGACCGGCUCGCCGACUCCGAGAUGUACUUCCUGGCGUCCAUGUACUUCUUGUUCCACCCUGGCGAGGGCGCGCCGGGGAGGGCUCUGCUCUCCGAGAAUCACAUAUGGAUCCCGGAGACGGCGUUCCCGGGUGCCGAUUACUUCGUCCGGGCGUUCCUCGCGAGGACCGCCGGUUUCCGGACCGUCGUGCUCAUACCGAUCGACGCGGGCGUGCUCGAAUUGGCCUCCUUUGAUGCGGUUCCGGAGAGCCCCGACGAGUUGCAUAGGAUCAGGGCCGUCUUCGGCCACGACCUGAACAAAGGGGCCGCAGCGGCGUCAGGCGAGACGGAACGCCGCGGCGCCACAUGUUCGUCAUCACAUUCUCGCUUCGGCGACGCCGUCCGCCAGCAUCCAAAGAUCUUCGGCAAGGAUUUGAACGUCGCGCCGGCGCAGAUGAGCACGAAGGUGCCGAAUUGGAAUCUAAACCACAGCGUCGAGGAAGCGACGCCAGUUCACGAAGCGUGUUUGCGUCAUAGUAGUGGCGUUGCCAGGGAGGAGGACCCUGUGACGAACCAAUUCCUGGCUGAGAAGCAGCAGCAGCCGAAGCCACAGUGUUCUAGCAGCAAGUCGACGGGUCGCUUGGGAACCCCAGCGACGCCGGAGGACCGUAAGCCGAGAAAGAGGGGCCGCAAGCCGGCCAACGGGAGAGAAGAGCCUCUCAACCACGUGGAGGCCGAGCGUCAGAGGAGGGAGAAGCUUAACCAGAGGUUCUGCGCACUGAGAGCUGUGGUGCCCAACGUAUCCAAGACGGACAAGGCAUCCCUGCUCGCCGACGCCAUAGCGUACAUCACCGAGAUGCAGAGGAAGCUCAAGGAGAUGGAGGCAGAGAAGGAGAUGCUGCGGCAACCUGCAUUCAUGGAUCGCGACAUCCACACGCAUCGCCCCAUGCUCAACGUGGAAUUGGUGCAGGACGAGCUGAUGGUCCGAGUGAACUGCCCAUCGCACACGCAUCCUGUCUCAGGAGUCAUCCGAGCUCUCAACGAGUCACACAUCAACGUGGUGGAAUCGAAGGUCGUCGUGAGCGACGACACAGUGAUGCACACGUUUGUGGUGGAGUCCCAGCAAUUGACGAGGGAGAAGCUACUCGCUGCUAUUACUCGUGAGGUUAACAGAAGGAAGCCGCAGUGUUUGAGCCUGUGACCCACAGGUUGCUGCUGCCAUUGUUGCAGUCUUCGGCUCCUUCAGCAUGAUCUUUCCAUGUCUGUGAUCACAAGCAGAUUUGUUCUGGUUCUUAUCGGUCAUAGUCUUCAAAAAGGGAACAUGUAUGAGUCUCCAAAUUCUGGACAGAUAGUUCUACUCAAAUUCAGGUUAGCUUGAUUAUUUUCUUUAAUGAAUUAUAUCUAUCUAUCUAUCUAUCUGGAAAUGGAUAAGCGAUGUGCUUUGGGUCUUCGAAGAACAUGGGAUCCACU